AUGGGCAAGUUUGCGCGGGUGGCGGAGGAAGUGCGCCGGGCGGGCGGGCGUGUCACGACCUUCCGCGUGUUGGUGCGGAGCUUGGUCAAGACCGACUCCAAGUAUUACAUGGCGGCAGACGCCCGGCUACCAGGCGGGUUUGUGCUCGACGGCGGCGUGCACAUGGUGGCCGGCCUACGACUGGUGCUGGGCGAGGACGCCCUGUCGACGCUUUCGGCGGUGUUGUGUCAGCAACAGGCGCACCUCGCGCCGGUGGACACCGUCGACGCGGUGGUAAAGACGGCCGCCGGGGCGACCGGGGUGGUCUCGCUUUCGUGGGGAUCGGACUGCAGCGACUUUGUGUUUGAGUUUACGUGCGCGAGCGGCGCUGUUGUGCGGCUGGUCGGAGACUGCGUGACCGUCAACGGGGAGUCGUACGAGGUGCCGUUCGAGGGGCGCGGGGUGGAUAAAGAGCUGGCGGAGUUUGCGGCGUCCAUUGCGGCGGGCACGGGCGAGGCGCCGCAUCGCCUGCGGCCCUCCGAGGCACUGGCGGACUUGGAGGUGAUGGAGGGGAUGUUUUGGAGUGGGGAGCGUGAUGGCGAGCGCCGGCGGUUGGAGUGUCAGUGA